GGUGAUCCUGAGGCUCGGCGCGCUUGGGGCAGAAGCCCGGAGACGCCGUCGUCGACGCCGCCACCGUCAGCGCUUCUGCCGCUACCCGUGGCCCCUCAACCCCUUUCCCCGCCCGCGGUCCGGAGUCGGUCCUCCUGCUGAGCCCCGCCAGGACUGGUUCCGAGGGGGCAGCAGGCGCGCAGACUCGCCCCCCGCCGGAGCGCCCGGGUCCGGCCCGGGACCGGACCCUUCUAGACGUUCGAGGACCCUGCCCAGUGCCGUCCGGCAACCGACCGCCCACCGUCCGGCCGCCGGCCCACUUCUUCCUGAUGCGAACUGCCGUCUACUAGAGGUUGGACGGACCCCCGAGAGAGGAAAAAAAAGGAAGAAGCAUAAUUCAGCCAUUUUUUGCAGCACACAGCUGCAGAUGAGGGCAGUAGAACACAGAGAGGCAAAGUAGCUUGCCCCAAGGUCACAAAGUUAAGAAGUAGGACCAGGAUUCAAACCCAGAGCGAUUUGCCUGGGAGACGACCGUCUCUAACUUCGAUCACCGUGUCCUUGCCCCCUUCGUUCCCAGCGAGCGUUCAUCUUGAUUCCCAUUUCCCACUGGGUCUGACCAUAUGUGACUGGGAACGGGAACACAGAGUGGAAGCCUGUCUGCAGCGAAUCCCCCCUCAGUGGGCUGUGGGUGCCCAGAGGUGAUUCAUGGCAGGGGACAUGGAAGGAUUCUGUUCCUCCAUCCAUGACACCAGUGUCUCUGCUGGGUUCAGAGCACUGUAUGAGGAGGGACUGCUUCUUGAUGUCACUCUGGUUAUUGAUGAUCAUCAGUUCCAGGCCCAUAAAGCACUCUUGGCCACCCAGAGUGAUUACUUCAGAAUUAUGUUUACUGCAGACAUGAGGGAGCGUGAUCAGGACAAAAUUCAUUUAAAAGGUCUAACUGCUACCGGUUUCAGCCACGUCCUUCAGUUUAUGUACUAUGGAACUAUAGAACUGAGUAUGAAUACUGUUCAUGAGAUUCUUCAGGCUGCCAUGUAUGUUCAACUUAUAGAAGUGGUGAAGUUCUGCUGCUCUUUCCUAUUAGCAAAAAUCUGCUUAGAAAACUGUGCCGAAAUCAUGAGACUCUUAGAUGAUUUCGGUGUAAACAUCGAGGGAGUCAGGGAGAAGCUGGAAUCCUUUCUGCUAGACAACUUUGUGCCACUCAUGUCCAGGCCUGAUUUCCUGUCUUAUCUGAGUUUUGAGAAGCUCAUGUCUUAUUUGGAUAAUGAUCAUCUGAGCAGGUUUCCAGAGAUAGAGCUGUACGAGGCUGUGCAGUCUUGGCUGCGGCAUGAUAGAAGACGCUGGAGACAUACCGAUACCAUUAUUCAGAACAUCAGGUUUUGUUUGAUGACCCCAUCCAGUGUUUUUGAGAAGGUUAAGACAUCAGAAUUUUAUAGAUACUCUCGACAGCUGCGCUAUGAAGUUGACCAAGCAUUGAAUUACUUUCAGAACAUUCACCAGCAGCCUUUGUUGGACAUGAAAUCAAGCCGCAUCCGCUCUGCCAAACCUCAAACUACAGUAUUCCGAGGAAUGAUUGGACAUAGCAUGGUUAACAGUAAAAUACUUCUCUUAAAGAAACCAAGAGUUUGGUGGGAACUAGAGGGCCCCCAAGUACCUCUGCGGCCGGACUGCCUUGCUAUUGUCAAUAACUUUGUAUUCUUGUUGGGUGGUGAAGAAUUGGGCCCAGAUGGCGAAUUCCAUGCCUCUUCCAAAGUGUUCAGAUAUGACCCGAGACACAACUCUUGGCUCCGGAUGGCAGACAUGUCUGUACCACGUUCAGAAUUUGCAGUUGGUGUUAUUGGGAAGUUUAUUUAUGCUGUAGCAGGCAGAACCAGAGAUGAGACUUUCUAUUCAACAGAGAGAUACGAUAUCACCAAUGAUAAAUGGGAAUUUGUGGAUCCUUAUCCAGUGAACAAAUACGGACAUGAGGGGACAGUGCUCAAUAACAAGUUGUAUAUCACUGGUGGAAUCACCUCAUCAUCCACCUCCAAACAAGUGUGCGUUUUUGACCCCAGUAAAGAAGGGACCAUAGAACAACGGACCAGAAGAACCCAAGUUGUUACCAACUGCUGGGAGAAUAAGAGCAAAAUGAAUUACGCAAGAUGCUUUCACAAGAUGAUUUCUUACAACGGCAAGCUUUAUGUCUUCGGUGGUGUCUGUGUGAUCUUGAGGGCCUCUUUUGAAUCUCAGGGCUGCCCUUCCACAGAAGUGUACAACCCAGAGACUGAUCAGUGGACCAUCUUGGCAUCCAUGCCGAUUGGUAGAAGUGGCCAUGGAGUGACUGUGCUGGACAAACAAAUAAUGGUUCUCGGAGGCCUUUGCUACAACGGUCAUUACAGCGAUUCCAUUCUCACUUUUGAUCCAGAAGAAAACAAGUGGAAGGAAGAUGAGUACCCGCGGAUGCCCUGCAAGCUGGAUGGUUUACAAGUAUGCAACCUGCAUUUUCCAGAAUAUAUACUGGACGAGGUCAGACGCUGCAACUAAUGACGUCUUUCUUGCUUCAAAGCCAAACAAAAAAUUUGUUUGUGACAGAGUAGUUAAUUAACAGCAUAAAGAAAAACCUCACCAGUUUUACUAUCAAAGCCAUUGGUCUAAUAGUGUAAAAAAUUUUCAUUCUGUGCUAGCAUACUUUGUUUUCUUUUUAGUGGCCUCAAACUCAUGCAAUAAGUUAGUUCUAAGCACUAGCUCUUGAAACUACUUCCUGAAGCAGUUUAAUAGAAUGAUCCACUUAUCUGGGAAGCUGAUUGUAUGCUUUAAACAUUUCUCUCAGAUGUCAAUGUAGGAGUCAUGCAUCUUCUAAGAGAAGACCUGAUAAGUGUCACUUGAUGUAAUUUCAGUUCCUAUCUCGAUCUGAAAUCUUUCUGAACAUUUAUUUCAGUCCGUUAGACCUUUUGGUUUUAUUGUUUAAGUUUAAAACUCUUGCCCUUUUUGCAUGGCUUUUUGCUGAAAAUGCAAAAAUAUAAAUUUUCUACAAAGUUAACUUUUUAUAUUCAAAACACUAUUUCUAAGCUGCCUUCUCUUACCUGCAUUGUGUUAGUGAAAGCGUAUCCAUAUGUGCAUACAUCUUAUGAAUAUAUAAGGCACAUCCUCUUUUAUGCGUGGUUAGGAUUCUAUAUUUUUAAGCUAGUGCACUUGCACACACGGUUUGCCAUACUUGUUGAAUUUUAGAUGUAAUGUCUUUUCAUGUAUUAACAUUUUUAGAAAGUUAAAAUAACUGGAGUCCUCAUUUGAUGUCAAAAGUAGCCUAUCUUCAGUCCAUACUGAUUCAGCAAUAGUUUGAACUCCUUAUAUUCCUGAAACAUGUAUGGACUUAGGAAAAUGAAUAUUUUAUAUUUUACUUUCAGAAGUAAACAUUAGUGUUCUUUAUCGAUGUAUGUCUUCUUUUUGAACAUGUUUUUUCUUUGCAGUUUGUUUAACGUUACCCUGUUUUUAGUAAGAAUUGGAGUGCUAUAUGACAAGCCCUGGCCCUGCAGCGUGCAAGCACUUUUUAAAGAGAAUUUAGGUAAUGCCAGACUGCUAAAUAAAGGCCCCUUAAAAGUAAGUGCAACUUCCAUUCUUUCCAUUUAAUAAGGCUGCUGCAUCUGUUACUGAAUGGAAAGUAGCAACUUUUGGACAAUUUGAGCUCAGUUUUGACUUAGAGGUAAGGAAUAGAAUUAUAAUCUGACUGGUCAUAUCUACUUGUUUAUUUAGUACAAAAAAAACUUAGCAGCACUGGGGAUGGAAGCCCUCAGCUUUGGUUUUAUUUACUGGAAGCUACUAGUAUGAAGGACAGUAGCCUCAAAGUUGAGAAUGGAGGGAGAAUAACUGUUUGAAACCAUUUGUACUAAGUGUUUUAGGAUUAGCUGCACCUUUCAACUCAAAGGAGAAAAACAUGUAGUGGACAAAGUUAAGCAAGAAUAACCAGGAAAUGGCUCAUUCAAAUCGAGGCCAUUUUUUCCUGAGUAGAGUCUACAGCUGAUACAGACUAGAUCUACACUGGCAAAACUUGCCAGAUCUUAGGAUAUUGGUGCAAUAUUGCAAUGCCUUCUGUAUGGCUAUUGUAUAAAUUUUCUAGUUUCACUUUUUUUUGCUGCUGCCACCACUGAACAUAAGAUAGAAGAGUGAAGUCAUGGAAAUGUGAAGACUUUUGGGGUUUGGGGUUUUUUUUGCAGUUAAAUGAGACAACUAUUUAAAAAGACACCCUGGUUUUAAAACUCCAAAGCUGGAGGCAUUUGGGUUUAAGAAACAAUCAGAUACACAAGUAGUUUUUGAAAAAGAAAAACAUUGGCAUUGGUUUUAGAAGUCAAAUCAGUGUUCUUUCGUAUAUGAGACUUAAAUUUGUGUUAAAUGAUUGUCAUUUACUUCUGAUUUUAAUAAUGAAACUUGAUAUCAUUUCCCAUGGUCAUGUGGGUAAAAGUCUUUUUCUACAUUUAAAAAAUCAUUUCUAAUCAUUUUACUUUUGAAAAGUAGGCUUAACUUAGUCAUUUGAUUCUUUUUCUAAUAUGUUAGGUGGUUUAGCUUUUGUGCGUCUGCUGUCUUGCUCUCAAAAAAAUAACAAUAACGUCUUCAUUAUUUUCCUCGUUGUCUUUUGCUGGGAAAGACCGAGGCAGGGUGCCCUUCAUCAGGCUUUUAUACUCCAGUGGUGGUUCUCUUUAAUUGCUUAGAUAUGACUUCAGAGCCCUAGUUAAGGUGAGAUCUGGGCAGACAAUUGAAAUUCUUGGUCUUCCAUUCUAAAGACAGAGGCCAAGGUCAAAAUGCAUUUUUUGGAAAAAUUCGUGAAAUGUUAACUUGAACUAACUCUGGGUUCAGCUUCACACUUUAUUCAUGUCUUACCUGAUGUGAGCUGUGAUCAGUUUUGAGCUUUAAGAAUAGUUGCUGUCGCUUGGGUUCUUUAUGAAUGUAUGAGAAGAUUCUUCUGUUUAUAUGUAGCGCUAAUUUAGGUUCUUUUAAAUCCAUGAUAACUUACAUUCCCUUUUCAAGUUAUGGUGUAAUUGCUGAAAGAGAUUUAUUUUUGUUAUACUAAACUAUGGAAAAUUUUUCAUAGAUGUUUUUCAAGUUUAUUUUUUGUGUGCUUCAUUUGGAACCAUUUUUGUUUAUAUACAUUGUACGUGUUCAAGAUAGUAGUUCUUAAAAAUUCAGUAAGAGAUUUGAAACCAUUCAGCGCAACUGUUGUAAUCUUUGUGUUACUUUUCACUUUACAUUUUAAAUGCCAGACUACAAAAUUAGCUGAUCUUUAUUAGUUGCAUCUUAAUUAGAAAUGUUUGUUCUCUCCAUGUCUUUGACCUAAGUUUUGACUUUAAUCUGCUUAAAGAAAAUUCUUGCACUACAACCUUUUCAUAAAACUCAAGAUUGUCUCAUUGAAGGUUUUGUAUUGGAAGAAAUACUACUGGUUUUUUAAAAGCAAAGCUUAAGUAAUAGAAUUAUUAGCUUUUCUUGAGACAGCUUUCUCUGUGUCCUCAUUACUCUGCUCUGUGUGUUACUAUAAUUUGUGAAAUAUUGACUGAGCCCUUCACUUACCUUUUCUAAAGCAGCACCUUUGGACACCUCAUUCUGGGAAGCCUGCUCCAGUCAUAGUAAAGGACACACAUUUGUAUGGGGAUAAGUGGUUAAAAUGGAGAGUUUUGUCUUAAUUACAAGAAACUAAGCUUUAAAAUAUUUUAUAACAAAUUAUUUGAGCUGCAUUAUCUAAACAUGUCAAACGUUCAGUGGGACUAUUUUUAUAUAUGUAUAUGUGGUUGUAGGUCAUAACAUUUCAGUUUAUAAUAUAAAUCGUUAUUUCAGUUUAUAAGCUAUCUCUCAAAAAAGACUAGCUCUUUUGAGAAUACAUAAUUUAAAGUUUUAGAUUGAAGUGAAACACAACAUAGAUCAUAGUGAAAUUAGAUAUAAUGGAGGGCUAUGUAGCAGUGAAAACUGCUAGUGCCAUUUCUCUCGUUUGCCUAUUACACAUUUUUGAUUUUUUUUUGUACUCAACAUUUUUAGGGAUCAUACAUUUGUUCGAUUGGGUUAGAGUUGGUUUGGGAAUAAAUAUCUUCUAAAAAGAGAUUUAUCUUAAAAGCAAAAGUCCUGAAAAACUAGUUUGUCAAGAGUUUCUAAAGCCAGAUAUUCAGCACACAUAGACAGAAACAGGUAAACACUCGUGGAAGUCCUGUCCUUUCAGUACAUCAGUACAGCCUCACGGUUACAUGAGUAACACUGAGAGAGUCCCGUCAGCUUUGUUUGUUCCCCCUUAACAUUCUUGGAUUUUUUUUUUUUUACAUCUUUGGGAACAAUUGCAUUAAAAACCUUAUUAAUCAGUAUAUGAGUAAGGAUGAAGAGUUUGCUUUCAGAAGGAAUGUUCCAGUGAGGUGAUUGGAGAGGUUAUUUUCUACCUAACUUGUAUAUGCCCUAUACCUCAUGGGCAUACUUUGUUUAUUAGAAAAAUAUUUUGACAUUUAGGUACAUUUUGGGCCGAUAGUCAAAUUAAUCCUAGGGCCGAUUUAAAAAAAUCUUAGAAUAAUUUAAGGUUUGCCUUUUAUACCUGUUUUGAAAGCCUUUACAUUUUUGUCAGGUAAUUUUUCCCAAGCCGUGAAUAUAAUCUAUUCAAACAUGUUUAUGCUAUCCAUUCUGUUUUUAAAUUGAAAAAAAUGUUAAAA